UUGUAUUUCCUGGCUGCUAGCCUGCUACUAUGGUACGGAACUACUGACACCCAGAAUUUGUUGCCAACUUGACACUUGACAGUCUGCCAGAGACAGAGUGUUCUCGUGUGACGGGGUUUGUUCUUGUUUCAAUGGCCUGCGGCGAUUCAUCAGAAUCUACAAACGGCGCCGCAAUCUGUCAUACAGGCGGCAUAAACGACCGCCUCGGAGAUGACGAGCUCCGGGCCGUGCUGGCAAGGCUGGGCAGCGACAAGGACAAGGACAACUUCGGGCUGGUCUGCAAGCGGUGGCUCCGCCUCCAGAGCGCCGAGAGGAAGAGGCUCUGCGCCAGGGCUGGUCCCCUCAUGCUCCGGCGACUCGCCGCCCGCUUCACCUGCCUUUUCGAGCUGGAUCUCUCCCAGUCUGUCUCCAGAUCCUUCUACCCUGGCGUUACCGACGACGACCUUUCCGUCAUCGCCACUUCAUUCACUUGCUUGAAACUUCUCCAUCUUCGAAAUUGCAAAGGCAUAACUGAUGUGGGAAUGAAAUCCAUUGCUUCUAGUCUCAGCUCUUUAAAGUUCUUAGAUGUAUCCCACUGCAGAAAGCUCACAGAUAAUGGCCUAUCAGCUGUUGCUAGAGGUUGUCAAGAACUUAGAACCUUGCAUCUUAUUGGCUGCAAAUUUGUGUCCGAUUCAUUAUUACGUGCUCUGUCAGAGAACUGUUUUAAUUUAGAGGAAUUGUCUCUACAAGGAUGCACGAACAUUACUGAUUCCGGCAUAACAGUUCUUGUUGAAGGUUGUCGUAGAAUGAAGCACUUGGACAUCAACAAAUGCAGCAACAUUGGAGAUACUGGUGUACUUCAUGUGUCGAGAGCAUGUUUCGCAACUUUGAAAACAUUGAAGCUGCUGGACUGUUUUAAAGUUGGCGAUGAGUCAAUUUCCAACUUGGCCAAAUACUGUAGAAAUUUGGAGACGCUCAUUAUUGGUGGCUGCCGGAACAUAACUGACGAGUCUAUGAUAUCACUGGCUGCUGCUUGUAAUAAUAGUCUGCGGAUACUACGAAUGGAUUGGUGUCUAAGUGUAUCAGACAUUUCAUUGGAUAUCAUCCUAUUCAGCUGCAGAAAGCUUGAGGUUCUUGACAUUGGGUGUUGUGAGGAGGUAACAGAUUCUGCUUUUCGGCAGCUAGGAAGUGAAGGGUGCAAGUUGGCUUUGAGGGUUUUCAAAGUAAGCAACUGCCCAAAAAUCACUGUUGCUGGAAUAGACAGGCUCUUGAAAUCCUGUGAUUCUCUUGAAUAUCUGGAUGUUCGGUCUUGUCCGCACAUCACCAAAACUCGCUGUGAGGAGGCAGGGCUGGGGUUUCCCAAAUCGUGUAACGUAAAUUUUAACGGGAACAUAGCAGAACACGAGGUUUGAAAUAUGAUUUGAAAUAUUUCCAAAUAUGAUUGGUAGAAGUGCUGAUGAUCCUUUUGCUACCAGUCUUUCCAUCAUUCUUUAUUGGGUGUUGCUGUAUUCACUCUCAUUUUGGCUAAAUCCAUUCUAUUUAUGGUAAAUUGACAAUUGUACCCUUAAUAAUACAAAAAAAGGCGUAUUUAGCCAAAAUGGGAGUGGAUAAAAGGUGUAUUUAUCC